GGGACAAAAAUGAUGAUGUGGCAUUUAAUGAAAUUUUUAAUGCCUACACAAGUAUUAGGGAAUGUCCCACUGAAAACCCAAAUUCUAAUCCUUGUAAUUUCCAUGUGUAGGAAACUGGUAUUUUCUUUUAUUGAUGCAUUUGCUCUGGUGGUGGCUUAUUAUACCUAUGUUGGCUAUACAACUAUCAUAGUUCCAAAACCUCUCAUUCCACACGUUGGUCUGGAGUUUUUGGAUCUAGGAUGGGUAUAUUAUUUGUACAUGUGUCUUCUAGCAGUAUUUUGUACCAAUUCUAUUAAUAUUCAUGCUGGUAUAAAUGGUCUUGAAGUUGGGCAGACGGUUGUCAUUGCAUCUGCGAUUCUAAUACAUAAUAUUAUGCGGAUUGGAGCAUCCACGAGCAACGCUGAGUAUCAUCACGCUCAUGUGUUCUCUGUUCAUCUUGUUCAACCUUUUUUGGCUACGUCUUUGUCUUUACUUUCUUACAACUGGUAUCUGUCUUCAGUCUUUGUUGGGGAUACAUAUACAUACUUCGCAGGGAUGACCCUUGUUGUUGUUGGCAUUAUCAGUCACUCCAGUGAAAUACUAAUUUGUUUCUUUGCCCCUCAAAUCAUUAAUUUCGUCAUGUCACUUUGCCAGCUUGUUGGAAUUAUUCCUUGUCCCCGACAUCGUCUUCCAAAAUUUGACCCUCAAACGGGACUGUUAACCGGGACAGAGGAUGGAACACUAGUGAACUUUUGUUUGAGACGGUUUGGAAGGAUGUCUGAACAAUCGCUCUGCAUUGUUUUGAUCUCUCUCCAGGUUAUUGCUUGCGGCUUUGGUUUUUUCUUGUGGUGGCUCCUUGCUGGCUGGUACAAAUAAUAUACUGACCCUAUGAAAACGCCUGAUUCUCUUCGUUUAACCCGCACUCGGAGAUUUUACGCAUUAUUAUAAUACAAAAAACCGAUUCUAAAUAUAUAGUGUAUUAAGCGAACCAGUGUAAUAAAGGCUGAGUUUUUGUUUAACUAGAAAUAUUUUAACACAACCUUUUAGAUAUAUAUUUUAUUAAAGGGUUGCGGACUUGCGGUCAAUUGGGACUUGUUGUAGGAGAUCAAUUAUGCUACCUAGCAAUUAUUGAUGCAUUUUUUUCCUUUUUUUUUUGUUGCCAAAGGAAAUAAUAAAUGACGG